AUGAACGACUCAGAGGACACUCCAUCUGGGAGGAGCUUGCACUCCACUACGCGCACAGAUCGCAGGAUGAGCGCCGUGCGACCAAUGAACAGCCUGGAGAUCCUGCCGAAUUAUUUGCACGAGCAAGACCUUGACAGAGAGCCUUACGGCAUCCGGCCGCUCUACCGACGAGUUGCCGAUGCUGUGGCGAAGCCGUUUCGCUGUUGGCGCGCUCCCCCCGGCAGGAGUCCUCCGACUCGGAAGGCCGUGACCAAGGUCAGGCCGAGCCUCAGGACCGGAGGCAGCACGAACCUCGAGGCCAAGAUAGCCAUGAAGGCUCACGGGCGGCUGGCUCGCAGGACCGCCGUGGUCUUGCAGGCCUCCGAGAUGGAGAAGUUGAAGAGCAAGGCUUGGAGGCGCUGGACGAAGGCCGAUUGGCCUUUCGCGGACCCGAGCGGAAGGCCGCGGCAGUGCUGGGACAUGGUCGCCUCUGCGCUGUUGUGCCUGCAGCUCCUCUACCUGCCCUUUCAAGCAGCUUUUGUGAGCAACGCAGACUUCCAGGACCCCGCCUUCUUCACCAUAAAUGGUAGUCUGCUGGCUAUGGACGUCUUCUGGACUGCUGACUUGUUGCUCAACUUCACCACGGGAUAUCGAGAUGCAGUGCAGGUGCUUCACUGCGACUUCCGGUCGACGGCCGCUCAUUAUUUAAGGAGUUGGUUUACUGUGGACCUCCUCGCCACAGUGCCGGCACUGUUGUUGCACUUGCUCGUUCUGGACGGUCAAAUCAGGAGGGACGAGAGCCACUUGUGGCCAUUGCGAUGGCUCGGAUUCUCCCCGUUCUUGCGGACUCCGAGGCUAUGGCGGGCCUUCCGCAUGCUGCGCCGACUGGAAGCCAACUUGAAGUCUUCGCUGGUCUCAUCCGUGGUGGCUCUCGUGCAGCUUUUCAUGCUGCCCAUCAUCUUCUCGCACAUCUCUGCCUGUGGCCUGUGGUAUCUGGGUCGAAGCAACCUCGAGUCAGAUGCCACAACUCCGAGUUGGAUCAAGUUGGGCUUGGACAUCUCCGAUUCCCCAGGAGCUUUGGAGGCCGUGCCUGUGGGAGAGCGCUACAUGACAGCCAUGUACUUCGCCAUCACCGUAAUGUCCACCGUGGGCUUGGGCGACAUCAACAUGAACCUGUCAAACGAGAGGGCACUGCUAUGUGUCAUCAUGGCAACCACGAGCCUCGUAGUCGGAGUGGCAGUGAAUGGCGUGGCCACGAUUGUGUCAAAGCUCAGCGAAAGGACCGCGGUGACAAACGAGCAAUUGGCGAAGGUUUCGCGCUUCUUGAGGGUGUAUUCUGUGCCUGGUGACUUGCAGUCGCGUGUCCACAACUACCUCCUGCAGUUCUUCGAGAACCAGGAGAGAGAGGAGACCAAGUCUAUGCUCAUGAAGUGGCUGAAAAAGUCACACUCCUCGGACUCGGACGGAUUCUCCCUGCGGCAAGUCUAG